CAACGCUUUUAUUCUGGACUCAUUUUUUAUGUGGAUAGAUGUAAGCCCCUUGAUAGAUAACCUAGGCAUAGAAAGUAACUCUAUUCACUAAAGUAAAACUUUUUACAACAACAACAGAAACGGAAAGAAUCGAUCGGUUUGAUUGGUUUAGGACAAAUGGUAAAAGAGUACACACGAACCUCCCCCCCCCCUAUCAAACGAGGGUCUAUACUAAACACCGUCUGUUUGAUCCUUAACGCACCCUCUUGAAAAAAAGGGCUUUGGUAUGGCUAAAAACCUCGCCUUGAAAAGCACAGCCCCCGUCUACAUUUACGAUAUCAAUGAAGCCGUGGUCGCGCGUGCUACAAAAGCCUAUCCUCAACUCCUACCGGCGCGUGACCCGACAGAGCUCAGCGAGAAAGCGUCUACCCUUCUCACGAUGCUUCCUGAAUCCAGACACGUGGAAGCCAUCUACGAUCAACUCUACCUCGAUGAACACACGCGUUGGAUUGACUCGAGUACCAUUGAUACGUCGGUGGCCCGUGCUCUUGCUAAAAAGGUGCAUGAUCGCUACCCAGGCGCUCGCGGUGCCAAAGCAUUCGACGCUCCGGUCAGCGGCGGCAUCGUCGGUGCCGACAAAGGCUCCCUCACCUUCAUGGUCGGCGCUCCUUCGGAAGACGAUUUCCAAUCCAUACAGCCCGUCUUGCAACUCAUGGGCAGCCGAGCCAUCUACUGUGGUGCGAACGGUGCAGGCCAAGUCGCGAAAAUUUGCAACAAUAUGCUGCUGGCCAUCCAUAUGAUCGGCGUGUCCGAAGCCAUGCGUUUGGGCACGCAGCUGGGGAUGGACGCCGCCUUGUUGGCCUCCGUCAUCAACGCCUCCACAGGUCGAUGCUGGAGUUCCGAAAUCAAUAAUCCCUAUCCGGGCGUCGUCUCGACAGCGCCUGCUUCAAGAGAUUACCAAGGCGGCUUCAGUAAUACGCUCAUGGCCAAAGAUCUGUCCUUGGCCAUGAAGGCUGCUCACCAUGCCUUGGGUCAAGACAACCAUCGCCCCUUCUUGGGUUCUCAAGCGGCCGAUCUCUAUCAACGCUUGGCCACCGACAAAGACUUUGCUACUCUGGACUUUUCCAGUGUCUACAAGGUAAACCUGCAUACUCAAUGGGAAUGAGGGGAAAAAAAGCGUGGAUGGAUAUCUUUAUACUUUUCUCACUCACACACAUCUAUCUAUGUAUAUAUACACAAACACACACAUGCUAUAGUGGAUGACGUCGAAUACUGUCAGUGAUGAGAAAAAAGAAAAAUAAAAUAAAUAAAUGAG